AUGGGGCGCGACUCGGUCUUGUUCAAACACUUGACUCAAGUGGAUUUCGAGGAAAUCCGACACAGAGGUACGUCUGCGGCAAAAGAGGUUAUUGACCGGGUAGCCGAAGCCGGUCUGGAGUAUUUUCUCGGCGGUCCUCAUGUUUUAUAUAAAGAUGCGGUUAAGGAAUUUUUCAACACCGCAACCAUCUCUGACGAUAAGAUCACCGCAACUGUAUACGGUACUGAAUUGGAGCUAACUGAAGAAUCGGUGGCAGAAAGCCUGCGCCUUCCAACAGCCGGCCAAGAUGCAACGGCGGACAUAGAGAUCAAAACAUUUGAGGCAGCCUGCCAGAUACUCUCGGCGACUAAGGAGCCGAUAAAAGUAUCAGGUAGCAAAUCGACGUUGAAACCGGAGUAUAUACCGAUUUGUGAUAUCUUCGCAAAGGCGGUUCAAGCGAGAGGAGGAAACUACAGUAGCCUAACCAAAGACAAAAUUAGGAUGUUAGUCGGCCUGAUAGAAGGCACAAAGGUGAACUGGGCGAAGGAGGGAUACGCUGUCCCUCUAGGUAAAAUCUUCCUUCACCGUAACCUCAAAAUCGGACCUGGCGUCACCAUUCCCUCUAGAAGCCUCAUCAGAGCCAAACAAUUCCUUGAAAGGAAGAAACCGGCCCCCGGUUCCACAGGUGGCCGAAAGAAGACAUCCAGCAAGAAAUCGGCCGCGGCGAAAGAAAAGGCCGAGAGCAAAGGGAAAGAGAAAAUAAUUUUCUCGGAACCGCCACAGCCAACAGAGGAGGAAGAGUCGGCUUCCACUUCUGAAAGAACCGAAUCAGAAAAGACCGAUGACGAAAGACAUGAAGAGCAUUCGGGCCAAAGUCCCGACAACAACAGUACGGGUGCAAAUCCUGAGACCACCGAGGGUGGUGAAGAGGGUGGUGAAGAAGGUGGCGAAGAAGGUGGCGAAGAAGGCGGUAAAGAAGGCGGUGAUAAAAGCGGUGAAGAAAAGGAGGAGGAGGAUGAAUCGGCAAAGGCUGACAGAAUAGCGCUCAAAACCCUAAGAGUCAUUGAACAGCGUGCCGGUAAGAUUGACGAGAUAUACUGGGAAUGGCACGAGCGCCGGUUCGGCAAACGGUAUAGGCACAUCCUACCGGGCUACACCGACGAAGAAUGCUUCCAAAGAAUGAAGGAAGUGGAGGACGUGGUCAUGGAUCUCACAAAAUCUGAUACCAUUGAAGAGGCCCUAAACCGAACCUACCUCUUAAGACCGCGAGCACAGCUACGGAAGCUAACCAUACGGAUCCGGAAGAUUACGGCAAGGUUCGAAGAGGUAACAUCAGAGGACACCUUAACACCGUUGGUGUUGGAAAGGCUUGAAAAAGCAAGAAGAGAACUCAUUCAAGAAAUUGACUGGCUGGAGGCGAUGUACGGACAAAGGGAAAUACCGCAAUAUACAGCUCCACGGAUCGAUAGGAGUCCAGCUCACAGUCCAACACCUUCAAGGGCGACUUCGGCAACAGAUGAAUCCGAUGAAAAGACGGACCCUCCUCUCACCGGGCAAUCUCCUCAUAAACAACCGGAAGUCUCCGAACCAGGUGUCACAAAAGAAUGGGUUGAGAGCCGCUUUCAAGAGUUUGAAGACUCCGCGGUUCACCCACUGAAGGAGAAAUUCAAGAGAACCGUUAGCUCGGCACUCCGGUUCGCCAACACUACAAGGCAACUUCUAAUAAGAAUAGAGGAACGGUUCUCAGAAAUCGAUGAUGAUCAACAGGAAGAAGCGGUUCUGUGCAGCAAACACCUUAAGCGAACCGUAAUUUUGGAGGAUACGACCUCCGAGAUAAAAGAGAACUUUGCCCGGCUUGAAAGAGAGACCGAUGAACGACUGACAGAAGUUGCUAAGGAUCUGGUCGGUACAACACUUGAUAGGGUCUCCGAUCUUGAGAAGAAGAAUGAGGGUCUCGAGGUCGAGCUCAAGGCGCUCACCGCACAAGUUGCCGAACUACUCAAUGCUAAGAUAAAUGCGGAUGCCGCGGCUGUAGAGGCUGAUGCCCGAGCGGCUAAGAAGGUCCAGGAUGCGCUGGACGACGAAGCAAGAAAAGAGAAGGAGACACCGCAACAUACCGAAGAGGAGGAAGCCGAGCGAAUUCGAAGGGCAAAGGCUAAGUUUCCAGGAUUUGCAAAGAAGGCAGCCGCUCAAGCUGCGAAGGAUGAUGCGCGGUUAGAAAGGGAAAGUCAGAGGCUAGAAAGCUUUGCGGCCGAUAACAAAAAGAAAAAGGCGGCCUCUUCCUCUUCGAUACCGGCGAAGCGGAAAAGAAAAUCGUCUAAGAAGGACCUAGUAACCGAGCUGCUGAACGAGGUCACUGAAACGGUCAUUCAGAAUCAACCAGACCCGGCUACCCACAACGAAGAUGAAGUUGAAGAGCACCUGCAGCCCCGGUCUACAAGACCGCGAGUCUCCGAAUCGGCCAGUCGACCGCAACCAGCGAAGAAAAAGCGGAACAUAUAUGACUUCUCGGACUCGGAAUAG